UUCUUUGUCAGUACCAAGUCAGUACGACAAGCCGCUGCUGAGGGAGUUGUACCAAGUGCGACGGAAUUUCCAGUUAUGAUCAUAUUUUAUUUAUGAUGUUUUAGUGUUUUGACCUUUUUAAAAUUUCUCUGUUGAUUUUUAAACCGAAACUGCUUGAUUAGCACAAGACAAGAUGCUUGCUUACAAAACUACAUCCUACCUGUGAUCCCGAUUUUACGUUUUAGAUUUUGACCACGCCGUGACUGCUGUACUAUAAAUAAAAGAAACUUUGUUCGAACCGACUAAAUAAAGAUGGGUGUAAAAGGACUAUACUCCUACAUACAUAGUAUCUGCCCUCAAGAAUGUUUCCCAGAAGUUUCAAUCCUUGACCUCAUGAAAGAACAUUGCAAGAAUAGCCGUUCUGCAACAAGACAAGAACUGGUCAUCAAUGGAGACUCCAUUGUCUAUCUCCUGUCAGAAAAUUUGGACUGGGCUUGUGGCGGUCAAUUCAAGUUGUACCUCGAAAAACUUGAGCGAUUCGUUGGAACACUCUAUGAUAAAGGUAUUAUGCCCGUUUUUUUCUUCUCUGGAGGUCCAGUAUCAAGCCGCAUUGAGUACAGACUACGGAAGUUUGAAGAACGCCGGAAACACAUCGUUCACAUCUUUGAGAGGAUGUGUCAGGACAAGGAGAGAGACCAAAAACUCCUUGAUUGGGAUAUCAUACCACCGACUAUGAAGCCCUUGACCCCAUUUUUCCUGAAACAUCAACUGUCAAAAAAGUGCCGGGUGAAUAUCUCUCUUGAAAAUGUUGAUGCGGAGAUCAACCUUUAUGCCCGUACCAACCGAUGUCUUGCAAUUAUGAGUGAUGACACAGAUAACAUCAUUUUUCCUGCAUCAUGCAUAUACCUAUCUGCAAACAAACUGAAUGUGAGUAAAAUGACAACUGUUGCUUAUAAUCGGCAUGCAAUUGCAGUGCAUAUUGGUCUCAAAAGUGUUGAUCAGCUUCCUCUGUUUGCAACUUUGGUUGGGAAUGAAAUUGUAGAUCGGAACGACUUGUUUGAGUUUCAUGCAGGCCUAUGUCCACCAAAAUUUUCUGCAGUUAAGCCCGGAGCAAAAAAACAAACUAGAUUCCUUCAUUCAAUGUUCCCUCGCAACAUAUUGUUCCCUCAGGUUGCAGAAGUUGUACAAGCGUUCCCACCCUGGCCCGCUGUGAUGAGCUGCUUGGACGAUAUUGCUUCACGCCUUUUGAAAGAUGAUAAAGUUGAAAAUUCCUUGCGGCUAAGCAUUUUGAGCUACAUGGAUCCAAAAUCACAAGUUACUGAUCUAAAUAACAACUACACUUACAGUGCACCUCAUUUGCAAAGUGCAAAGCUGCUCCACACAAGCUGCAUCAACCCCCCAAUGAUUUUUUCAGUUUUGAGUGGAGGGACCGUUGUGUGUCCACCUGUGCUGGAAGAUUUGACACUACAAUACUACCAGUCAGCAAACCUUCUUCUAAGACCUCUUCGUGCAAAGAUUUACGGCAUUCUCCUCUGCGACCGCUCCCAAGACCAGCAGCUCGUUCUUGAGUACUGCGCCUACAAUCAAAAGAAUCUGAAAAAUGUGGAAGUUGUCUGCGCAGAGCUUCCACAACAGAAUCUAUAUCCUGGUCUUGAGGAGCUUUGGGACCAGAGUGUGAACUCCGAGGAUAUGAUGAGUAUCAGGUGGGAGUUGUUCACUUCAACCAUAUCUCAGCGUCUUAGUCCUUGGAUAUUUGAUCUUGGUGCCGUUCCGAAGCAGAUGAUAAUCCCGGUGGCAACAUUAUUCUACCUCCAAGAUCGCUGUCAGCUUUAUCAUUGGGAGGUUGCUGCUUUGAUUGCAACAUUUGUGUUGUUGCCCCACUACAGUUCUGAAUUCAUCGAUACUCUGUUUAUUCCAACUCCACUUGAUUCUCGGUCGGUCAGUCUUGCGUCCACAAUCAGCCUCACAAUAUUCACUGUCAUCACAACAUAUGCAGCCUGUGGGUAUCCAUCCGGUCAUUUUGACAUAGCAGGUGAAGUUUAUUUUGAUGGUAAGUUGUUCCAGAACAAAUAUGCUGAGGCAAAGUACAAUCGGAAACUUUUUACUAUUGGUGAACAACAGCAGCAAAGCCAAUUUUUAGACAUUUUCCACAUGGUUUACGGCUACUAUUAUGAAUGUUAAAAGGCAAAGAGUAUUUGGUCAAAUAUCCCCCAGAGGUGAAAGCUAGGAUAAACUAUAAUAUUAUUCUCUUCAAUUAGUUGAUUUACUUAUUACCUUUGACGGUGAAUUUAUUAGUCAGUAUAUGCUGAUCAGUGUAUUCCGUGUGAUUUUUUUCUUCUUUUGAGAUACGUGCCUGGUGCACAAAAGGUGUAUUUACUUUUCUUGUUGAACAAAUAAGACAAAAUGACUACACUGAAGGGUGAAGGAGCUUCUGCUUCAAACAUUAUUUGUUGACUUUUCUUUGAUAAAAGGUGUAAGUCAAAAUCGUGGGAAAUUCAUUUUAAUAACGAAUCUAAGUAAGUAUGAGUAAAAUUUCUGUUUUUAAAAAUUUGAAGUUAAUUGUGGAGUAUGCAUUCUGCAGGAUUUUUUUUGUUUUUUUUUUGUUUAGAUUCUGCAGUCAAUACACAUCUGCGGCUCUGAUAACUUUUGAUUUUUUUAAAUGAAAAUUUCCACCUUCCAAAUUGUUUAUUUAGCCUUCAGUAUCCAUCUCACUACUUUGACACUUUAAAUCAGAGAAGAGUCAAGAAAUUACUUAGGCAAAUAAAUCAGCCUCCAUUAACCAAUUAAUUACUUUAAAGUGGACUGUCAUUUGUUUUCACGCUUCAAAUCACUGAAAAUAGGAGUGUUUUGAGUGACUUUAAAACCAGUAUACUUAUUUGCUAAUUUUAACAUCAUAUUUGUUAGCUGACAUGGACGAUUUAUGUAGAAUCAUGAGUUAGACCUGAACCCUGAACAGCAAAUGAAAAAUCAACAUUUUCACUCAUAAUUUUACACUUUUUGUACAUUAGAUUUUGAAAAUUUGAAAAAAAACUCUUCAUUUUCAGUGAUAUGAAAUUCAACUUGAGAAAAUUUUUUGAUUGAAUUUUAGUUUUAGAACUAUACUCUACAGCGACUGUACUUACUAACCGCAGCUGCAAUAUUUUAGUAGAUUUUAAAAGAUCCACAAAAUUUUAUUAAAUCCUACAUUUUUUAAAAAAUCCAGUUGCAAAGAAACUAAAAGUUUUAUCGAAGUAACUUUUCCAUUAUGUCUUUUAUGUGUUUUAUGUACUUUUUCUGUGUUAUGCUCAGUAAUUUUUUUAAUGUACCUUUGUUUGUACAUUCACGGAGCAUAAUGUUUAUUUUCAUUCUUUUAUUUUUAAGCAUACUUUAAGUCUAGACCUAAGAAAUUUUGAAAUUUUAACCAAAAAGUGUCCUGUAAUUAUAUAGAAACAUCAUUGCUACCUCAGGCAAACAUCGAGUGAGAAAAAACAUACAAAUGAUUGAGAGACGUUGGGCUAGAGCAAAAGAGAUCAAUUCAAUUGCUUGUCGAGAACAAUGCACACAAAUCUAAUGUGAAAUCAAAAUCUGAGAAAGAUAUAAAUGUUCACAACUAACAAUUAUUACACACUGUUAAAGUUUCCUAAGGCUGCAAAUUGAAGCCAAAAUGGUAAGCCUCAACUCCAUUGAUGAUGAAACAGGAAAUUUGAGGGGCCAAGCACUUUUCAGCAAGUGUCAAUCAUUUAUGAAAUCAUUAUUUUGAUUACUAUUGGCAUGAUUCCUCUGUAAGCGGAAAAUUUUGAAUAUUUUUUUGUUUGCAUGCUUUUUUACCGAGAAGGACCUUGCAUGAAAAAUCAAAGGAUUCAGCCCCGGCUAAAUUUUGGUUUUAUAUUUUAUACCUAUGAUUUGAUAUUAUUUCCGACUUCCUAGGCAUGAUGUGCUACAAUAGUUGAACUUCCUGGGAGCUGAUUUUGCGAGAAACAGGGCUAAAAAAUGAAUUUUCCAUCACUUUUAAAAGCAUUUUCUUAUGGAGGUGUGGCACUACCGCUUGGCCGCAGUUCAGCAGCAGUUGGUGCGAUGGACACUGUGCUGCUAUCAAUGGGAGGAAUUUUGUUCUUUCUAUCUAUCUCAUCCUCUAUACUGAUGGACAAGGAAGAGCUUCUCUCCAUUGAACUUGUUGAACAAAUCUAGUGUAUGAUAAUGUGUGUAAAAAUGCUUAAAUAUUCACUUUUGAGUCCUGUUUUCCUAAAAAAAUAGCACACAGAAAAUUUGAUUUUCGAAGCCGAUCAUGCCCAAGAGGUUGUUUAGGACAUUAGAUCAGAUAUGACCAAAAUUUAGCCAGGACCAAAUUUAAUUGAUUCACCAUGCAGAGUCCUUUUUCACAGAAAGCAUAUUAGCAUACUUAGUAUAUUGCUCGAUUUCUUAUGAACUAGCCCAUUCUGUAUUCUAAAUCAAAACAUUCUUCCUUCUAAAAAAAGAUGAAAAGGUGAAGAAAUUGGAAGAUCAGGUUCUGAAGAGAUUCAAUUGCACUUGGUACAUAUGUUGUGAAAGCUUCCUAUUUAUGUGUAUAUACAGCAUUAUGCAUACCUAAUUUUAUAGAACUUUAAGCUGGGUAUUCCUCAUUUUAGCAUGUACAUUCUAUUUUAUAUUUUAAAAUAUCAUUUUAAAAAUUGAAAAAUAUUGAUAGCCUUUAGCUGUUACAUAUCAUUCACACUUAUUUUACGAGGGCAAAGAAUUGUAAAGAAUUAAAAAGCGCAGGUAAAAAAUAUGGGUGAGAUAAAACUAGCUUGUUGUACUAUCAUUUGGAAAAAAAUGUUAAAAUUAGCCUCUUUUAAGAAUCCAAAAAGUUGAUUACAGAUUUUAAACUUAUUUUAGGCUCUGAAAAAUUCAAAAAUAUUGGAAAUUUGGAAAGUCCGAAACUAUUUAAGACUAAGGCAAUUUUUUAUACUUGCGCAUUAUAGGUAAGCAUAAUUUCAAGUUUGUAAAAGCACUUGAAUUUACAUCUACAAAAUAAGUCUGAACCAAAAAUUGAAAAGCAUGUAUCUGCAUCGCAAUGCACAAAGAUAAGAAACACUGUUACGUCACAAUAUAACAAAGCUUCACUGCUUGAAAUAUUUGGUAUGAGGAAGAAAUCACAAAAUAUUUCAAUGAUAGAUGCUUGGUGGUUUCUUCGCUAUACUUUAAGACUUGAGCAGGAAUGUUUUGAACAUAGCGAUUCAGGUAAAUGUUUUCAUAGUUCUGUAAAUUAUGUAUACCCUUAUUUGAUGCCCUUUUGUAAUAUGUACCUUACUUUUUACCAUUAAAUUUAAAAUUACCAAAAUUUGUAAAAAGUGAUAACAUCUUAGAAAAGCUAUAUUUUUUGUACUAUAAACUUUGAGCAUCAUCAAAAUUUGCAAAAAAUGAUCAAGGGUGAGUGAAGUUUGUUCAAGAUGAUGGAUAGACGCAGUGAAACAUUUAACGGUUCACAGCAUCCUAAGGUUUGUUGUACUAUUUUUGAAAGGCUUGAUCUGUAAUUUUAAAUUGUACAUCUUAGUUUGACAAUAAACAAAAACGCAACUCA